AUUUUAUCAUAAGACACAACCAUUCGUCGACAUGUCAUCGCCCACACUUGAACAUCCACACAGAUACCAUGCCUUCAUCUCCUACUGUCCCGACACAGAUACAAACAACGCAAAGAAAAUACUAGAAGUUAUAGAAAACGAGGGCUUUCAGUGCUGCUUCCCUGAAAGAGAUUUCUUACCAGGAGGAGCUCUAAUCGAUCUGGUCGUUGACGCCAUACAUAGUUCCCGCCAUGUGAUUCUGGUGAUUUCCCCGUCGUCUUUACAAAGCGAGUGGAGCAAGUUUGAGAUGUUGUUGGCUGUGGACGAUUCCCAUACCCGGAACCGCGUUUGUCUGGUUCCGGUACUGCUGGGCGGGGUCAAGCUUGGAUGUCUCCCACCUCCACUCCGACUUCUUACUUGUGUAGAACUCCGUGAAAAAUUCGAGAAUGUUUAUGAUAUCAUCCAGGCCAUUAAAAAAGCAGAUUACACCUGGGAGUCCCUUUUACCUGUGGGGAAUCUGGCGCAUGGCUUUGCCUGGGGAUAUUAUUUCGGAUACCUCAAAAUCAUUUUACCAACUAUUGACGUAAGAGCAAAAGAAUGGUGGAUGGACAAUGGCAAGAAUGGGAAAAUGAGUGAAAAAUUGUUCCUGUUAUUUCCUCAAAGCUGUCGGUGUAGAGACUCCCUUUCUGACGAAAACCCGCUUAUCGAACAUGUUGGUCAUCUUCCUGUUAUUACUAAAAACAGAGCUGGUACAGUAGCUCGUCAAUAUAGAAACAGUAUAUACAGCAUUCAGGACGAUAGAGGUGAAGAAUAUUACUUCGUCGGUGAAUACGUAACAGUUAUUCAUACUAUGUAUGAAAUGGAACAAAAUGCUAAAACAGGCCUACAGACAAGAGAAAAGUAUAUUCAAGCCAUGAGGUUCUACCUAACAAUUAAAGACAUUUUAGAAAAGGAUCCUGAGUGCUCGAAAAGAUAUAGAAUUAUAUUUUACAAAGAUAAAAGCGGCAGCUCUGAGAAGAUACCACGGUUAAUAUGUAGGGAAAUAAAGAAACAGAUACAAGAGGAAUCAGCGGAUGACCGACUUAGCGAGACCUCUUUCAGCAGCCUCGAGCAGUUUUCCUCCAUAUGUGGACCCGAUUUCAAUCUUUAUUCCAUAGUAAACUCGGUCAAUUCACAUAUGUCUAAAAGUGAACCUUACAUUCACCGAGAUGAGAAAGGUAAAUUGAAGACAGUAGAACGAGGAGACCAACUAACCAAUGUGUUCAAUGAACCGAUAUGAUGUAGAUCAAAGAAAACAAAAGUUUUUCUUUGGUCAAAAGUUGAUGGUUUUAGGAUGAAUGUGGUUUUGUAUUAAAGUUUGACCUGCUAAUUGUUUACCAUUGUCAUCGGUUAGAGAAGACAAUUCUUUCAAAGGAGAGUGUUCUAUUGUAGACAUUAUAAUGAUUUGUUGCCCAGUGAUAUAUUUGAAUACGAGUACAUCAUUUGAAUAUAUAUUUCAUGAGGAGCAAGCAUUGUAUACCAGUACCUGCUUUCACUGGAAUCCAUUGUACAUAAGUCAUAUAA